AUGUUUGCCAUUGAUGGGACGGCAAUCCAAGUGCAUGCCCCAGCUGCAGGAGUGAUUGAGGAAUUAUUUGUGGAAGAUGGAGCCAGUGUCCAGGCUGGAGCAAAGCUCUUCAAACUUCGUAUCACUGGAGAGGCACCAAAGAAAGCAGAAGCAGUAUCCCCUGAGAUAAAGGAGAAGCCAGUUGAGCCGAAAAAAGAAGUUGCACCCCCACCUCCUCCUCCUCCUCCUCCUGGAAAGGAGGAGCCACACCUGAGAUCCCCUGAUUUCUUGAAACCUCCUCCACCACCACCACCCCCUCCUGCAGGAGGAGGCAGGCCUCCCCCACCAUCAACCCCACCCAGACCCCCACCCUUGCCCAAGGGCCCCAAGGAAACUAUUACCGCUGCACAGUUCCAGGCCCAGCCGGCCUUGUCUACCCCAACAUGGAUGAAGAACUCAUUUGUCAUUGAAGGAACGAGGACAGAGCAGCGUAUCAAGAUGAACCGCAUGCGUCUCAGGAUAUCGCAGCGAUUGAAGGAUGCUCAGAAUGUCCAUGCCAUGCUCACCACCUUUAAUGAAAUUGAUAUGAGCAAUGUCAUGGAGUUGAGGAAGACUCAUCAAGAAACAUUUGUAAAGAAGUAUGGAAUGAAAAUGGGUUUCAUGGCUGCAUUCAUCAAGGCUUCAGCCUAUGCCCUGAAGAAUCAGCCAGUCAUGAAUGCCAUCAUCGACGGUAACAAGAUCGUUUGCAGGGACUACAUCGAUAUUUCGGUGGCNCCUCCUCCUCCUGGAAAGGAGGAGCCACACCUGAGAUCCCCUGAUUUCUUGAAACCUCCUCCACCACCACCACCCCCUCCUGCAGGAGGAGGCAGGCCUCCCCCACCAUCAACCCCACCCAGACCCCCACCCUUGCCCAAGGGCCCCAAGGAAACUAUUACCGCUGCACAGUUCCAGGCCCAGCCGGCCUUGUCUACCCCAACAUGGAUGAAGAACUCAUUUGUCAUUGAAGGAACGAGGACAGAGCAGCGUAUCAAGAUGAACCGCAUGCGUCUCAGGAUAUCGCACAAUGUCAUGGAGUUGAGGAAGACUCAUCAAGAAGCAUUUGUAAAGAAGUAUGGAAUGAAAAUGGGUUUCAUGGCUGCAUUCAUCAAGGCUUCAGCCUAUGCCCUGGAGAAUCAACCAGUCGUGAAUGCCGUCAUCGACAAUAAUGAGAUCGUUUACAGGGACUACAUUGAUAUUUCAGUGGCUGUCGCCAGCCCAAAGGGGCUGGUGGUGCCAGUGCUACGAAACGUGGAGGUGAUGAAUUUCGCUGACAUCGAGCUGGGUGUGGCAGCCCUGGCCGAGAAGGCACGGAAGGGAGAAUUGGCCAUUGAGGACAUGGACGGAGGGACGUUCACCAUCAGCAAUGGAGGCGUGUUCGGCUCCCUCAUGGGGACGCCCAUCAUCAACCCGCCCCAGUCGGCCAUUCUAGGCAUGCACGCCAUCUUUGACAGACCUGUGGUGAUCAGACCGAUGAUGUACGUCGCAUUGACCUACGAUCAUCGGCUGAUCGACGGGAGAGAGGCGGUGACCUUCCUCAGAAAGAUCAAACAAGCUGUGGAAGAUCCUCGAUGUCUUCUUCUAGGGCUGUAG